AUGCGGUACUCCUCCAUUACCACUCUGCUGGCCCCUCUGGCGGGUCUAGCGAAUGCUGAGAUCCGCGGGGUCACCCCGCAUGAGCAAUACAGCUCGUUCGUCGGUGUCCUUGGAUGCAAGAUAGACACCAAUCGUGUGGCCUACUUUCCACAGGCAGUAGACUGCAACAAUAUCUGCAUCCGGGUCAGCUAUGGCGGCCGCUCCCUCCACUUGCUCCGCAUUGACCAGUCCGGCGGCGCAUACGACAUCUCGUAUGACGCCUGGAAUUUCCUGGUCACUGGUCGCAGUGCCAGGGACCAGCCCAUCACCGGCGGAGCCUUCCCCAUGGACGUCCAGAACGUCCCAGCCGACGAAUGCCGCCAUCUCCUCUUCGGCAACGACGGCCUGGGUCUCUCUGCCUCCAACUCAAUGAACUAUGUUGCCAGCUGCAUCAACCAGCCUGGCAGCUGGGUCGAGCGCAACUACCGGCUCUGGAAUAUCCAGGACCCGGUGUGCCAUUGGGGUUGGAACGAGCGCUGCUCUCUAAACCUGGCCGUUAGCAACCAGCCCAGCUGCCCUCAUCAGCUGGGUCCAACCAACGGCCGUCUUCCGGACACCGUCUACAACAUUGAGUGCGGUACCGGUAGGCGCUAUCCUGCCCCUUAG